AUGACUCUAGGGGGUGGUAUUAGGCGUAGUCCUCUAGUAAUCAUGGCCCGCGACGCAUUAGCAAGGCGCAACGGCUAUACAAGCCUCAGCUACACUAUAGCACUCAAGGAAGGACUCCGCAACAAAUAUAGACUAGGCGAGUUGUUUAUGCAGGAUAACGCACUAAUACACACUGCCUAUUACUUGAGGGAGUGGCUAGAGCUUCACGGAGUUCAUACAAUUAAUUGGCCACCAUACUCACCCGAUCUUAACCUAAUAGAACACCUUUAG